UUUAUAUUAACAUAUUAAAUAUUACUUUUCUAUACCAAUUAUAUGAAAACUCUACUAAAAUAUUACACGGCCAUAUAAUUACGUGUAAAACCGCCGCAGCGACAUCUGAUUGGCUAGCUCAUCCACCCGCUCGGCUUUUGAACCAAUGAGUGCUCUCCGUUUGCAACGUAGCUGCGAUUAGUGACGCACUGUUGUGAAUCCGAGGCCAGCGCGGAGCCACAAUGCCAGACGAGGGAGCCCCUUUCUCAGCAACACAGCACAGCAUCACAGCCUCGCCUCAUUGAAAAAAAAAAAAAGACGGGCAGGAGAGCAAUGCAAAGGGAUGUAAGAUGGCAGAGCUACAAAUGCUAUUAGAGGAGGAAAUCCCGGCCGGUAAACGAGCGCUGGUGGAAAGCUAUCAGAACCUGUCCCGGGUUGCAGAAUACUGUGAAAACAAUUAUGUUCAGGCUCAAGACAAAAAGAAAGCCCUGGAGGAGACCAAAGCCUACACCACGCAGUCUCUGGCCAGCGUUGCCUACCAGAUCAAUGCCUUAGCUAAUAAUGUGCUGCAGCUGCUGGACAUUCAGGCCUCGCAGCUGCGACGCAUGGAGUCCUCCAUCAACCACAUCUCCCAGACGGUGGACAUCCACAAGGAGAAGGUGGCGCGUCGAGAAAUCGGCAUCUUGACCACAAACAAGAACACCUCUCGCACCCACAAGAUCAUCGCCCCGGCGAACAUGGAGCGGCCCGUACGGUACAUCCGGAAACCCAUCGACUACACGCUGCUGGACGACGUGGGACACGGCGUCAAAUGGCUUAAAGCCAAGCAACACGGGAACAAUGCAGCAGGACGAGGAGGAACCCUGUCCAGGACCAACCCGCCUUCACAGAAACCCCCGAGUCCCCCUAUGGCUGGCCGGGGAACGCUCGGGCGUAACACCCCCUACAAAACCCUGGAGCCCGUGAAGCCUCCGGUGGUGCCUAACGACUACAUGACGAGCCCGGCCCGACUGGGGAACCAGCACAGCCCCGCACGCACGGCCUCGCUCAACCAGAGACCCAGGACACACAGCGGCAGCAGCGGGGGCAGCGGCGGCCGGGAGAACAGCGGCGGCAGCGGGGUCGGGGUCCCCCUCGCCGUUCCCACUCCGUCCCCUCCCAGCAUGGGGCAAGUGGCGACCUCCGCAGCGUCGGUGCCGCAGGGCCCCGGCUUGGGUCCCAUCCCCAUGUCCCAGUUCGGCACUAUCUCUCGCCAGAUCUCCCGUCACAACUCUUCCACCACUUCCUCGGCCUCCAUGGUGUCAGCCACAGGGACCUACCGCCGCGCGCCCUCCGUCUCCUCCCAGCAGCCUCACGUCAACGGGGGCCCGGCGUUCCAGCAGAACGCAGUGUCUGUGAAUCCUCCGCCUCCUCCCCCCAUGGUCCAGCUGACCCCGCAGAUCCCGCUGACCGGCUUCGUGGCCAGAAUGCAGGAGAGCAUAACAGACAGUCCAGCUCCGCCUCCUCCACCUCCCCCAGAGGACAUAGGUGUGUUUGAGGAGCCUGCUCCCCCUCCACCUCCUCCGCCUGUGGACUACGAGGAAGAGGAAGCUGCCGUCGUUCACUACAGCGAUCCCUACGCUGAUGGAGACCCCCACUGGGCCCCCAAGGCGUUCUUAGAGAAAGUUGUGGCCAUUUACGACUACACGAAGGACAAGGAGGACGAGCUGUCUUUCAUGGAAGGCGCCAUCAUCUACAUAAUCAAAAAGAACGACGACGGAUGGUUCGAAGGCGUCUGCAACGGCGUCACCGGACUCUUCCCAGGAAAUUACGUCGAAUCAAUCAUGCAUUACACUGACUAAAGAAAAUAACCCAAAAAGCGAAGAAAAACCUCCACGAAUGAUGGAGCUCAGUUUUUUCUAAAUAUAGAUCUACAUAUGUACAGCCAUGUGACGAGAAACGAAACUCCCAUUUUGAGUAAAGUGCCAUGGUGACUCUUUUUCUUUUAAAGGAUUUUAUUCAGAUCCGCGCGAGUUGUGCUUGCAUUUAUUUAGUCUACUAAAAUACGAAUGUUGCACAAAAACGGGGAAGGAGUUUAAUAUUUGACAGGCUGCGGUCUGCUAAUUUACACUGGAAAUACAAAAAGAGGGAGCCUCACUAGAAUUUACCCGUAACCAUACGUUUGUCAUUUCAAACUACUGUGAAAUAUACAGUAGAUUCAGUCUGGAAACUGAGACGAGGCUCCUUUAGCUUCAAACUGCUACCUGAUUAUUUGCACUGCGGACCACCAGAGCGACUCUUCCCUCCGCUUCAAACGGACAACUACAACGUCAACAAGUGCGUUUAGUUAGGACACGACUGAAUGUUCCACCCUGUCGAAAUCAAGAAAACGUUUACGAGCGGGAGUGUGAAGGUGUGUGUAUUUAGAACGCUCUGUGUCGAAUUACAAAGGAAGGUUGUACAGAAUGCAUCAAUAGGCGGAAAAAAAAAACAGAGACAAUUUCCUUCUUCAGUCUGGUGGAGUUUCUUUCUGUACUCUAACGUGUAUAUAACGUGUAACGUGACCAACUGCCAGUUCAGUACAUUUUGUCGGUGUGCUUCGUCAGUGGAGGUGAGCGGUGCCAAGGUUGGGUUUCUUUUUCAGUUUAGCUCAUUUUUACUUGAAUGUUCCAUUUUUUGUCCUCAACAGUCACGGCGCCAUUUCCGUUUUGGCAAAGGGAUUGUGUCUGUUCCGUUCUGAUUCGGUCGUCGCCGCUGCAUUCGGCUUCAGGACUCACUGUUGCGUCUGUUCAUGUUGUUUUCCUUUGUGUCGUAGCUGCACUGAUAGUUAUCAACGACUGUAGCGACUUUGAUUUUCCGUGUCGCGUUUGAUUGCGGCGCGCCAGUCGCCGUCAAGCGGGGAGCGACGAAGGACGCCCCGGGAGAACUUGUUUAUUCUGCAAACAUUUGCUGGUGCGGCGCUUUCCAGUUGGUGCUCACCGACCCGAACAACCUCAAGUACGACACUGCUUAACGGAGAAUUGUAACGAAGAACGCAGAGGCGUGUCUCUUAUUUUCCAACGUCGCUCGCUUUUUGAUUGUAAAUUCCUUCAAUCAUAUCUGUAAUGUGAAUGUAGGCAAACCAGCAGUAGCGCGCUGUCAGUCACUCCUGAUCUUUGGUCCAAGAUUAUGUGCUAAACAUCUCUAGCUACUGCUGAGAAAAUAUGUUUAAAGGGAUACGUUAGCUUUGCUAAGCUAACAUUCUAUUAAAAUUUUGAGUAGUAGUUCCCUUACCUGCGGUAGAGACAGGAAAUAUUCCAGUGAGUUUGCGGAAAAGUUAAGACCUCAGCUAGUCAGUCAUUGUUUCAGCUAAUCUUCUGCUGCUGUCUCCCAGCCAAUUAAAAUGCUUGAAAUGAUCAGAAAACCUGGGGUGUGAUGGAUGCAGCGCAGUCCCAUAGAAAACAAAUGUUUUAGACUCCUUAUUUUUGUUGCUUCCUAUUCAACAGAAGUGGGCGCUAACUACCCAUUGACUGCACUUGCGUGAAAGUAACAGAAAGUGCUUAAAUGACCGACAUGUUUGGUCUUUUCAUCUGAUACUUCAGUGCCUCCCUUUUCUAAUGUCGCCCUGUGCAAGUGCCCAGAUCAAGAGCCACCACUGCCCUUCAAAUACAAUGCUACAGUAGAGGAUAUGACAUAGGGUUAGGGUUCACAUGUAAAUAACCAUAACUCAGUCAGCAGAGUUUAAUGUAGUAAAACAGAUACUGUAUGCCUGAGAAAAUAGCAGCAGGAAAUGGUAUCCUGUGAAAUGUUGACAAUAAAUAUCCACUUAUGUAGCAGUGUACACCACAGAUAUAAACAUUUUUCAGUUUGCGUUGUUUUAAAUGGACGAAAUACGAUAAAACGGGGGAGAGGUGGUGUAACUGACUAGCUGUUAGCCUCCUACCACUCUCACUCUUCUACAAACUCUCUCUACACUCUGACAUCUCUCUGCUGCAGGUAAAGGAACCGCACUUCCAACAAUAUGUGAACUACACCUUUACGGUCUAAAGAAUGAGGGCUGUUGGUCGUUUCCUCUCUAAAAAGAAAACCCUGCUCUUACAAGAUGAUUGUCGGUGGAAGUAAAACUCCUACAUAUCUCUGAAGCCUAUUGAUCACACACUCGUUUGUACUUUGAAGUGAUGGCUUUUUAUCAUUUUUACUUUUAACAGAGAAUGUCCUGAUGUGAGCAGUAUUCGUUCAGCCUCUGCAUGAUCGUGUGUCAUUUAUAGAAUAUGAUUCUCCAGUGCGUCUCUGUCUGGAUUGUAUUUGACAUCAUGAGGCCGUUUGUGGGUUUUUUUUUUUAAUUGAGAAGACAACUUUUUUCUACAUGAUGCAUUUUUAACUUUGCAUUUGACUUGUUUUUUUUUUUGUACGUGAGAAACAGCAGAGAAGCGUUUGCUCGCAGUUUGUAUGUGAAGGUUUUAUUUAUACCCUUUUUGUUAUUUGGAAAUCAUGAACUGGCCACUGGCGGGAAGAAAAUGUUUACUCGUCCCUAAUGCCAGGGCAUCACGAGACAUGACACCGUUUCUCCAACGUGUUUUCAUAUGCUCAAACGUGGAAUCAAGAAUAAGAAGAAGAAAGAAAAAAAACGUGUAACUUAAAUGUUCAUGGGAAUAGAAUCUGUUUGUCCUCCUCUCAGUUUGUACAUAGAAUGUGCUCAUUGAAAUUUAUGUACAGUCUUUUUGUAAUAAACAACUCAUUGAAACAAA